AUGUCUGUCGCCGCUUCUCGCGCUCCUCCCCCAAACCCGACUCCUUCGCCUUCCCGCCAAAACAUGGACCUGCCUCACGAAAUCAAGAUGCAGGUUGUCGAGUACUGUGCAAUCGUGGACGAUGAAGAGCAACAGCGCAGGGCGCUUCUCGACGACUUCAUGUACGAGGCUACCUUCGCGACUCCCGCGACGAGCGACAUUCUCCACCACUGGCAGGACUUUGCGACGUGGUCUUCGCCAUUGUCGUCAGCUCUUGCGUCUGUCUACGGACUGUCACGCUCGUGGUCCGCUGCAGCUGCGCCGAGACGCUUCGAGGAAUUGCACGUUUGGCAGACGAAGAGUCCCUUCUUCCGUCAACACAUUCUCCCUCGCUUCGGUCAUCACUUCCGAAGAAUCAAUCGCCUCGACCAGCUUGCUCGGGAAGAUCCCCUGCUCCUCCCGCAACUGCCGAAUGCCGACCGAGCGGUGCUGAACGGUGGCAUCCGGCCGGCUCGGCAACAAAAAACCGACGACUCGAUCUCGGCAUUGCUGCGAGACCCCUUACGCGCCUUGGUCGCCUUUCUGGCGCAGCUCGGCACCCUGGAGCUCAGAUUCUUCGAUGACUGGGCCCUCAUCCAGGAGGCCUUGCAUGCGGCGCCGUCGCUGCGGACCCUGCGUUUGCGUCAUGAUCCUCUGCGUCCAGCGAUCGUGGAAGUUAUCGACAUGCUCGCACGUCUCCCAAACCUCCGCGAACUCGACAUUGAUGAGCUCCUCCCAGAUCCCGCCACCGACAUACUGACGGUCCGGCGUCAACAUCCUCUCCCGCCUCUUCUCAGCCUUUCGAUGGAUGCCACCUCCGACCUCGAGGGCUCCCUGCUCUUCGCCAGCCUCUUCAGCAGCAGUCUCACAAAACUUCACUUCUCGCUGCACUCACUCCACAACACCUCACCAGCUCCAGUCAACGUGUUGUUCCCUAUGGUCCGCACCCUACACCUCGUGGGUGAUAUGGACGGCUUCGACGGCUUCGUCGCGACUGUCACCGCGCAGCAAUUCCCUGUUCUUUCGGAGUUCGAGAUCGAGCGACUCAAUGAGGACGAGUCGAUGGCGAAGGUCGUCGCGUUCUGCGCCAGCUUCAAAUCAGCUGGGCGCCCUCUUGGGACGAUCCGUAUCUUCGACUCGACGCGACACUUGGAUCACCGUACCCUCGACCUCAUCCAUGAUUCGCUGGCACACCCAUACACCUCUAUCCAUACCACGCCGUACCCCCCGAGCACGCCCUUCAUCGACGGCGUUUUCAUGCAGCCGAAGGACCUAGUCAAAGCGGUCGACAACGGCGAGCACAUCAACUUCGACCGCGUCAAACGGGCCGUCAAGCGUACGGCCGACUUCCUCGCCAAUUGGGUUCGUCGGGCCGAAGCGUCGGGCAGCGAGGAGGACUUUGCGAGGUUGGCGGUCGUCUUGCAGCGGGCGGAGCUGGAGAGGGUGACCAUGACGGGGUGA